AUGUAUCCCACUAUGCUACCAACCCCGCCACCCUCGCCGAUUCCCCGUUGCUACGCUCCCGAGGACCGCUUAGGACUCGUCUUGGCCAACCGGCUGGAACUCACCCGAGUCUUGGGCGUCGGAGCCUAUGGAGUGGUCUAUACCGCCGUCGACAUUCACACCAACCAGGUCUACGCGGUUAAGGCGCUGAACAAGAAUGGGCUGGACCCCCGCCAGCUCAAAUUCCAGCAGCGCGAGAUUAGACUGCACCACCUGGCCAGCCAACACCCGAAUGUGGUUUCCCUGGUCCGCAUUAUGGAUUCCCUGGACUGUACCUACGUCGUCAUGGAAUACUGCCCGGAAGGAGACCUGUUCUCCAAUAUCACCGACAAGGGAAACUUUGUUGGCAAUGACUUCCUAGCCAAGAGCGUAUUCCUCCAGCUCUUGGAUGCUGUACAGUAUUGCCACUCUAUGGGGAUUUACCACCGCGACCUCAAGCCGGAGAAUGUUUUGGUCACCGACCAGGGAAUGACCGUCAAGCUGGCCGACUUUGGCCUGGCAACGACAGAUUACUAUACCACGGACUUUGGAUGCGGUUCAACAUUCUACAUGUCGCCUGAAUGCCAACAAUCCAACGCCCGCCCCAUGUCGUGCUACAUGUCCGCCGCCAACGACGUCUGGAGUCUGGGCGUGAUCUUAGUCAACCUCACCUGUGGCCGCAACCCAUGGAAGCGGGCAUCGGUCGAGGACUCCACAUUCCAGGCCUACCUCAAGGACCCUUUCUUCCUGAAGAGUAUUCUGCCGCUCUCCUCCGAGAUGGUCUGUAUCCUGAGCCGCGUCUUCGAGCGUGACCCCAGUAAGCGGAUCACUAUCUCCGAGUUGCGUCAGGUCAUUCUGGAGUGCCCCCGCUUCACGGAGAAUCCCAUGGCCCAGCCCCCAACCCCCUGGGUGCCGGAACAGGUCGGCUACAUUCCCCAGCCCCCAAUGCCCAACUUCAUGCCCAUGGAACCCCUGCAUGCUCAGACCUCUGGCUCCUCCUCGGAUUCCUCCCACUACUCCGCCUUCUCCGAGGCCCCCUCCGACGGUACUGCCAUCACCGAGGACUAUUCCGAUCUCAACACCCUCUCGCCUGUAGUCUCGGAACAAGUCCCGGAGUUCAAGCCCGUUCUUCCCUCCGCCUGUGCGGAGCCCUUCUACCCAGCGGAUCCCUACUUUUAUGGGAUCAUCCCUUUCUCUCAAACGCUCGAGGUUCCCGUCUGA